GAGGAGGAGGAGGGAUGGGAACAAAAAGAGCUGAGUCGCGGAGGGAUUCGCAGGGUGGUUGGUGACGCGGUAGCGCUCGGUCUGUGGCGCCAGAAUUUGGAGGCGACUGAGGGGAGAAGUGGACGUUGCUGCGGCUUGCUGGGAGUUGCUGCUCCGGACGGCCAUGGUGAUGCUCCGAAGUGGCGGGGGCGGUGCGAGCCGCCCGGACCCUCAUGACGGCGGCGGUGCUGCGCCGGCGGCUCCCAGCAAUAAUAGCCGCCGCCGAGACGCUACGUCGGGGCCCCUCUUCGACGCGAUGGAAUCCAGCUCCGAGUUCCUUUCGCUGGAGGUGUCGACCCCCUCCGUGGCGCGGAGCCGGCGAAGCGCGGGGAAGGGAAGCCCCACCCCCGCCCGCGGGAGAGCAGCGGCGGCGGAGUUUUCUCUGGAUAAAGAAUGUGAACAUUUCACAAGGCACUCCUUAAGGUCUAUGAGGAAAAAUAAUCAAUGUUACUCAGACUCUAAUUUUGACAAAAGCAUGGCAAUGCUUAGUGAGAAUGGUAUUAACAGGAAACAUUUUACAAGGCAGCUGGCUAGACUACAGGCUGAUCAAAAGAAUGAAGAUUGUGAAGAAGGUACUGUAGUUCCUGUCACCAGGUCGCUGAAAGCGGGAAUAAAUGCAAAACCUGCUGAACAUAUCACAGAAGAAAAUGGGGAUGUUGAAGUCCGUCGCAGCUGCAGAAUUAGGCGAAGCCGCUAUAGUACUAUGAACCAAUCAGUUUUAUUUGACAAGCUUAUUACGAAUACAGCAGAAGCUGUAUUACAGAAAAUGGAUGAUAUGAAGAAGAUGCGUCGACGAAGAAUGAUGGAUUUGGAAGACCUUGGGGUGUUCAAUGAUGGAGAAGAGGAAAACCUUAAUGUGUACUCACGAGGGAAACAAAAAAGAGGCAUCCAGAGGAUUGACGAAGAAACCACAGAUAACCAGGAUGGAAGUGCAGAGUCUUCAGAAGAAGGUGAGGACCAAGAAGAUGAAGAUGGAGAAGACAAUCAAAAGCGUUAUGACCUUAGACAGCGAAAAACUGUUGUACGCUAUCAAGCCUCACCAGAAAAGCCUAGACACCAAAGAAAACCCAAAUUAUUUUAUCCUGAUGCUACCUCUCCAGAAAGGCGAAGGUUUCCCUUUAGCCCAGCAGGAUCCAGGAGCCCUUACUGUAAAAAGAUGAACAGACGAAAGCAUGCAAUUCAUAACAGUGAUUCUACAUCAUCGUCCUCAUCUGAUGAUGAGCAGCGUUUUGAGAGACGUAGGAAACGAAGUCGGAAUAAAGCAUUAAGCAGGUGCCUUCCACUAAACUUUAGGAAAGAUGAGUUGAAAGGAAUUCACAAGGAUCGAAUGAAAAUUGGAGCAAGCCUGGCUGAUGUUGAUCCAAUGCAGAUUGACUCAUCAGUACGAUUUGAUAGUGUGGGUGGACACUCUAGCCAUAUUUCAGCUCUAAAGGAGAUGGUGGUUUUUCCACUGCUUUAUCCAGAAGUGUUUGAGAGAUUCAAAAUUCAGCCUCCAAGGGGCUGCCUAUUCUAUGGUCCACCAGGAACUGGAAAAACUCUUGUUGCCAGGGCACUUGCUAAUGAGUGCAGUCAGGGUGACAGAAGAAUUGCAUUCUUUAUGAGAAAAGGUGCUGAUUGCCUCAGUAAAUGGGUGGGAGAAUCGGAACGGCAGCUUCGUCUGUUGUUUGAUCAGGCCUAUCAGAUGCGUCCUUCAAUUAUAUUCUUUGAUGAAAUAGAUGGUCUUGCUCCUGUACGGUCCAGUAGACAAGAUCAAAUUCACAGUUCUAUUGUAUCCACACUGCUUGCGCUGAUGGAUGGCUUAGACAACAGAGGUGAGAUUGUGGUGAUUGGUGCUACUAACAGACUGGAUUCCAUAGAUCCCGCUUUACGAAGGCCUGGACGUUUUGACAGAGAAUUUCUUUUCACCUUGCCUGAUAAAGAUGCAAGGAGAGAGAUUCUUAAGAUUCACACACGAGAAUGGUCUCCUAAGCCAACCGAGUUGUUUCUUGAAGAGUUAGCUGGAAAAUGUGUUGGUUACUGUGGUGCUGAUAUAAAGUCCAUAUGCACCGAAGCAGCUUUGUGUGCUUUGCGUCGACGUUAUCCUCAAAUUUACACUAGCAGUGUUAAGUUGCAGUUGGAUAUCUCUUCUAUUAACAUAACAGCUAAGGAUUUUGUGGUUGCUAUGCAGAAGACCAUACCUGCUUCUCAGAGGGCAGUAGCUUCACCUGGCCAAGCACUUUCCACCAUUUCAAAACCACUGCUUGAAAACACACUUCAGAGAAUCUUGGAAGUCCUACAGAAUAUAUUUCCACAUGCAGAACUUGCACAAAAAGGAGGAGAAAAGUCAGAUUUUUCUAGUUGCAUAUUAGAAAGUGACUUGCAGUACAGUGAUGAAGAGGGACCAUCAGUGUUUGACACUGGACAUUCUCAGAAAGCUUGCGAUAAACAAAAAAAAUUCCUUAAUUUUAGCAGAAGUGCUUAUCACCAGCCCACAUCUUAUCGACCAAGACUCUUAAUAGCAGGAGAACCAGGAUUUGGGCAGGCUUCUCAUUUGGCACCAGCAGUCAUACAUGCUUUGGAAAAAUUUACUGUGUAUACAUUGGACCUUUCCAUUCUCUUUGGAGUCAGUGCCAAAACACCUGAAGAAACAUGUGCACAGUUGAUCUGUGAAGCCAAGAGAACAGCACCAAGUAUACUAUAUGUUCCAAAUGUUCACUUGUGGUGGGAGACAGUUGGACGCACAUUGCAAGCUACAUUUACCUCACUGUUACAGAACAUUCCAUCUUUCACUCCAGUUUUGCUGCUUGCAACAUCAGAUGUACAUCAUGCAGCUCUGCCAGAUGAGGUACAAGAAAUAUUUGCUAUUGAUUAUGGAGAAGUGUUUAAUGUCCACUUGCCUAAUUCUGAAGAAAGAAGAAAAUUCUUUGAGAUCUUAAUUCUUUGCCAGGCUGUUAAGCCUCCUUCAUCAAAGAAAAAAGCAGUUUUGCAGGCUUUAGAAAUACUACCAGCAGCAGUACCACCUGAACCACGGCAGCUGACAGAAGAGGAGGUCAAACAGCUUGAGGAACAAGAAGAAGAUACUUUACGUGAACUUCGGAUUUUCUUAAGAAACGUUACUCAUAGGCUUGCCAUUGACAAACGUUUCAGAGCCUUUACAAAGCCAGUAGACUUACAUGAGGUACCAGAUUAUGUCACAGUUAUCAAGCAACCAAUGGAUCUUUCAACUGUUAUUUCAAAAAUUGAUCUUCACCAAUAUCUGUCCGCCAAAGACUAUUUGAAAGAUAUUGAUCUGAUCUGUAGCAAUGCAUUAGAGUAUAAUCCGGACAGAGAUCCUGCAGAUCGUCUCAUCAGACACCGAGCCUGUUCUCUCAGAGAUACAGCAUAUGCAAUAAUUAAGGAGGAAAUGGAUGAAGACUUUGAACAACUUUGUGAGGAAAUUCAAGAGUCUCGCAAAAAAAGAGGUUGCAGUUCCUCAAAAUAUGCUCCAUCUUACUAUUAUGUAAUGCCAAAACAGAAUACCACAUUGGAGCAUAAGAAAAUGGAUUCUGAAUGUACUGAGAAGCUGAAAAUGCCCCCAGUUCCUCUGGAUUCUAGCUCUCCUUCCCUCUCUAGUGCCUUAUCAAAGAGGAAACUCCGAAGAAAAAGUAGAUGGUGCCUGGGUAACCUAGCAAAGCGGAAGAAGAUUUCUCACUUCAAUAAAGAGAACAAAGCUCCAGGGGAAGAACAAGAUGAAGCUGAAAGUGAUGGGGAAGAGUGUCUAGAAAAUAAUGACUCUAGCAUGGAGCAAACUGAAGUUGAGAUAACUCAGAAUUCAUUGGAAGAAGCUGAAAUUACUCUUCCAGUGCAGCACACAAAUGGAUGUGAAAAUAAAUCUGAUACAGAAAAUGAGAAGCAGCAAGCUGUUGGUAACAUAACCAAAUGUAGGUCUGAGAAAAGCAACAAGGACACUGAAUGUUCAGAACAAAGCAAAGGAUGCAGUGGAGACCUACUGGAACCCUCAUUGGAUAAGGACACUAAUAAUGUAUGUGUGCUUCGCAUGACACGUGCUAGACGGUCCCAAGUGGAACAGCAACAUCUCAUCAGUGUUGAGAAAGCUAUGGAGAUUCUCUCGGAGCAAACACCACCACUCAUUGUAGACUAUGAAAAGCUUAAUAUAUUAUUGAACAUUGUUGUUGAAAAAACUAGAAACUACACUAUAUUUCAGUUGGAAAAACUAUAUGCCUUGCUUAGCCAAUGUAUUUAUAGACAUCGCAGGGACUAUGACAAAACCAAACUAAUCCAGGAAAUGAUGAGAGAAGUUGUUACCUUCAAUUAAUUCCAUUCACGUACUCUUCCAGUUUGAAAUGUGUUAUUGGCAAUUAAUUUGAGACUGAAUAUUAUUGGUGUACAAUAAAUAGAUUUAAUUAAAUCUUAUGUCCUUGAUUCUGCUCAUGAGUGUAGGCACCAUAGCAUCUUGGUGAAAUGGGGAGCUUGAAUGAAAGAGCAAGUGGUUAGCUAAUGUGCCUAGCAGUCACAAGCGUAUUUGGUUUUUUCCUUUAAGAUUAUUUUAUGAUUUGGACGCUGAUUUUAAAAAUUCUGGUUCUAUGGGGUUUUCAGUGAGGCUUUAAAAAUAAAUAUGCAUUACACCAAAUUUUCUCUGUAAAUUGAAAAACAUGCUAAUUUAUCUCAACAUAUUAUUUUUCAAAUCAUGUACAUAUGUUGAAGCUCUAUUUUAAAAAGCCAGUAUCUUAACAUUUCUCACAGUUUUUAACAAGGGCAGAAUACUCUAGUAUUCCCGUUUUUCAAGUUCCCAGCAAUAUCUAGGUUAUUUUUAUCACUGUACUCAUUCUUUUAGUGUUAAUACAACUUGUAUUAUCUCUUCAGUGCUCUAAAUGUUAUGUAAUAUAUAAAUGUUACAUGUUAAUAAAGAAAAUAAAUUUCUGUAUUCUUAA